CUGACCGCGUGUGUUUGUUGUAGCGGCGUUUGUUGAAAAUAGUGGUUUAUAAAUUACAUUAUUAGCACAUGAGUUAAAAGUUUUAUCGUAAAGUGGUAACACACAAUAUUGAUUCUGCGAAAUAAUUCUUUUUGUUAAAAAUAUGGGCAAACCAGGUUUUUCACCACGAGGCGGCGGCGGAGGUGGUCGUGGCGGACGUGGUGGUGGUGGUGGACGCGGAGGAGGUGGUCCUUCUAGAGGAGGAUUUGGUGGUCGUGGUGGCGGAGGCGGUCGUGGUGGUUUUGGAGGCCGUGGUGGCGGCCGCGGAGGUGGUGGACGGGGUGGUCCUGGAGGACGCGGCCGCGGUGGCGGUGGCCGUGGCGGUGGGGCUAAAGGAGGCGGCUUCAAGGGUGGCAAAACUGUCGUCAUUGAGCCACAUCGUCAUGAGGGUGUGUUUAUUGCCCGUGGCAAAGAAGAUGCAUUGGUUACGUUGAAUCUAGUUCCCGGUUCGGAAGUCUACGGCGAAAAACGGAUAUCGGUUGAGACCAACGGCGAAAAGAAUGAAUACAGAGUCUGGAAUCCAUUCCGAUCCAAACUUGCCGCCGCUGUUCUUGGAGGAGUCGACAAAAUUCACAUGCCACCUGGUUCAAAGGUCCUCUACCUUGGAGCUGCUUCGGGAACUACCGUAUCGCAUGUUUCUGAUAUAGUUGGCCCAGAGGGUCUGGUGUACGCUGUGGAAUUUUCUCACCGAUCCGGUCGUGAUUUGAUAAAUGUGGCUAAAAAGCGAACCAAUAUUAUUCCUAUUAUAGAGGACGCACGUCACCCUCAUAAAUACCGUAUGCUAGUCGGCCUGGUCGAUACCGUUUUCGCCGAUGUGGCUCAGCCCGACCAAGCUCGUAUCGUGGCCCUCAAUGCCCAUCAGUUCUUGCGAAAUGGUGGUCACUUUGUUAUUUCCAUCAAAGCUUCCUGUAUCGACUCUACAGCGGUACCAGAGGCGGUAUUUGCUGCUGAAGUUAAAAAACUACAGGCUGAAAAACUAAAGCCACAGGAGCAGAUCACAUUAGAACCAUACGAACGAGACCAUGCUGUUGUAGUGGGAGUUUACAGACCUCCACCGAAAAGUACAUAGAUUUUAUUGUUAAGAGUUAAGAUUUUGCAUUCAAAAUUUUCUAGAUUUAAUGUAUAGAAACAAACAUUUCUGUUUAGCAUUACACGUAAACAAGGCGUUCACUGAAUGAUUUACGAAAAUAUACUAA